CUGUACUCCUGCAGGGCCUUACCUGAUCUCCUCUGCUCCAGCGCUGCACAGUCUUCCCGCGCCGGCUUCUGUGACAGCCGGGUGCCCACUGCGCAUGUGCUGCGCUUUGUGAAUGAUCUGCGGUCUUCUCCUGUACUAUGUCGCACAGUCUCUGGUCAUUCCCUGUACUCUCCGCAGUCUCUGGUCAUCUCCUGUACUGUGUCCACAGUCUCCGGUCAUCUCCUGUACUGUGUCCCGCAGUCUCCGGUCAUCUCCUGUACUGUGUCCGCAGUCUCUGGUCAUCUCCUGUACUAUGUCCGCAGUCUCUGGUCAUCUCCUGUACUGUGUCCGCAGUCUCUGGUCAUCUCCUGUACUGUGUCCGCAGUCUCUGGUCAUCCCCUGUACUGUGUCCGCAGUCUCUGGUCAUCCCCUGUACUGUGUCCGCAGUCUCUGGUCAUCUCCUGUACUGUGUCCGCAGUCUCUGGUCAUCUCCUGUACUGUGUCCGCAGUCUCUGGUCAUCUCCUGUACUGUGUCCGCAGUCUCUGGUCAUCUCCUGUACUGUGUCCGCAGUCUCUGGUCAUCUCCUGUACUGUGUCCGCAGUCUCUGGUCAUCUCCU